UUAACCUUAUUAACACCAAAUCAGCAGACAACAAUGGCUUCCUCCCAAAUCCCAGCUGAGCUACUCAUAGCUCGCAUCACUCAAAUCCACAACAGCAUAUCUAAACUCAAUUCUUUAAGGCCUUCCAAGCAAGUCAAUACCCUUUUCUCUCACCUUGUGAAAUUAUGUAUCUCCCCAUCUUCCAUAGACAUUCGCUUGUUAUCCCCAGAAGUGCAAGAAAUGCGAAACAACCUCAUCGUUCUCUGUGGCAAAGCUGAAAGUCUAUUAGAGCUUGAAUCUGCAAUAUUCUUGAACAAAAUACCUCAACCUUUAGACAACCUUAAUCUUUUUCCUUACUAUGAAAACUAUGUUAAGCUAGCCAACUUGGAGUACAAGAUUCUUAGUGAGAAUGGGGUGGUGCAACCCAAGAAAGUAGCCUUUGUGGGAUCUGGUCCAAUGCCUCUUACCUCUCUUGUAAUGGCUACCCACCAUUUAAAAGCCACUCACUUUGAUAAUUUUGAUCUUGAUGAGGCAGCUAAUGAUGUGGCUCGCCAAAUGGUGGCUUCUGAUGGUGAACUUGAGAAGAGAAUGAAAUUUGAGACGUGUGAUGUAAUGGAAAUGAGGGAGAAGCUGGGAGAAUAUGACUGUAUAUUCUUAGCAGCAUUGGUAGGGAUGAGCAAAGAAGAGAAAGUGAAGAUUCUUGGACAUAUAAGAAAGUACAUGAAGAAAGGAGGGAUUUUGCUGGUGAGAAGUGCAAAUGGGGCUAGAGCAUUUCUUUAUCCUGUUGUUGAAGAGCCUGACUUGGUUGGAUUUGAGGUUCUAUCCAUCUUUCACCCAACAAAUGAUGUUAUCAAUUCGGUUGUUCUUGCACGCAAGCCAAUUGCAUUUUGAAGAUUUGAAAUACUAGCCUGGCUCUUCUUCUGUCCAUAGCACUGAAAUUAUCUUCAAUGUUAUGAGAUUCUGAGUUCAAUAGUCUUUUUGCUUAAUUAGCUAGCUAGAGAGCUGCUUCAUAUACUUUCUCUAGUUCUUCAAUAAUGUAUCAAACUGUAUGUGUUUU